AACUGAGUGGUGAUUGUUUCUCAGGCAGGGUUAUUCUUCAAAGUUUUUACUUGUUUGGGAAUUCAUUUGUCAUAUUAUUUUAAAGUUUUAUUUUUGUGGACAACAAAUGUUUAAGAAAUUGACAAAUAUGUCCAGAAAGUAAUAGUCGUUUGUAAUUAUAGAGAUUUUCAGAUCUUAUACCAGGCGAUUAUGAUUAUAUGGCACAAUAUAUUUCUCGUUUGUGCAACGCGCAAGGCUAUCGUAGCUGGAUCUGAAUGUUUGGGACUGUUUACAUAUAUCGUAUUGAACUGCUGAAGCUUAGGAGUGAUUGAUAUUUUUAAGGUUGGAAAGCAAUAGAUGGAACUCGGAAAGAAAAGAUUUGCCUUUUUUGCUCUUGGAUAUUUUGAACGCUGUUUUAAGGUAGCUGUAGCUGUACUUUUUACUAUUCAAGUGCUUUUCAAAAGAGAAAAUAUACGAUAUAAAGGUGGUCGGAUGCCUGGUGUAAGAACUACAGAUAGACGUCGACUGCAAAAUAUUUCAUCAACUUCAUCAUUAGCACCCCGCGUUGUGCUUUCACGGUUGGAACCAAGAGAAUUUGAACACCUAAAGCUAUCAUAUAAAGUAGCUCUUAUUGACCAAAGAAAAUCCAGAAGCUGCCGUGGUAUGAACAUGGGCCAAAAAAUAAGUGGAGGUGCAAAAUCAGUUAGCCGAAAUGACUCACAGGCGAACUUUAAACCAAUAAUACCACGUGAACUCGCAGCUGACUUCAUAAAGCCCACGCGAUUAGAUAUUUUGUUGGAUAUGCCUCCUGCAAGUAAAGAGGUGCAAUUGAAACAUUCGUGGAAUUCUGAAGAUAGAUCACUAAAUAUAUUCGUAAAAGAAGAUGAUAAACUGACAUUUCAUAGGCAUCCUGUUGCCCAGAGUACGGAUUGCAUACGAGGAAAAACAGGCCUUACAAAAGGCCUACAUAUAUGGGAAAUUUAUUGGCCAACAAGGCAAAGAGGUACCCACGCAGUAGUGGGAGUAGCUACAGCUGAAGCGCCUUUACAUUCAGUCGGCUACCAAAGCUUAGUGGGUUUGUCAGAUCAAAGUUGGGGUUGGGAUUUAGGAAGAAAUAAACUAUAUCAUGAUUCUAAAAACUGUGCUGGAAUAACCUAUCCAGCCAUUCUUAAAAAUGAUGAAGCCUUUUUAGUCCCGGAUAAAUUUUUAGUUGCUUUGGACAUGGACGAAGGUACAUUAAGCUUUAUUGUUGAUCAGCAAUACCUCGGAGUUGCAUUUAAAGGGCUCAAAGGAAAAAAACUUUAUCCCGUCGUUUCUGCUGUUUGGGGCCACUGUGAAAUAACAAUGACAUACAUUGGUGGAUUGGAUCCUGAACCACUACCAUUAAUGGAUUUAUGUAGAAGAACCAUUCGCCAAAAAGUAGGACGUGUACAUUUAGAGGAGCGUAUUCAAGAGCUACAACUCCCUCUAUCUAUGAAGAAAUACCUACUGUACAAAAAUCGAAGAUAAUACCUUAAUAUAAUUACUUAAGAUAUAAUUUACAUUUAAAGUAACUUCAUUGUCAAAUAGUAUCGUUAAAGCUGCUGAUGUUGCCACUAUUACAUGCGUAAGAUCUCCAAAAAUUUGAUCUUUUUACAAUAACAAACGUAUUAAGUGUAAUUAUAGCAUUCUUUACUUUUGACACAAAUCAUAAAUUCAUAUUAAAUAAUAUUUUUAUUAGAUAAGCCUAAAAGUAUCUGGAACAUGCGUUCUCGCUUCACUAUUUAAGGAAGCUUUUAAUAUAGGAUAGAGAAGAGCUGUAGGCAUAAUUAAGAUUGUUUAUUUCAAUUAUAUAAUAAAUUCACCUAAGCAUAUAUUCCUUGCAGUAAAACAAUGAUUGUAAUAAUUUAUAAAAAUAUUUGAAUGGGCAUCAUUAUUUUGCUAUGAACUAUCAGUAAAAGGACAUAUGAUAUUAAAACAUGUAAGCUCUUCAUUAGCGAACUCAUAUGUUUGUUUAAUAAUAUAAUUUGUCAUAUGGUAAUAUAGAGUUUUGCAUAUUUUUCAA